CUCCCCCCGCCCUCCGCUUGGGUCACGUGAUGGGCGGAGGCAGAUGAGGUAGGGAAGGUGGGUGAAGCCGGAAGAGGAAGGGCAGCGAAUUCCCAGCAGGAGAGAUGAGCGGCUUGGGGAAGCUUUUCGGGAAGGGGAAGAAGGCCAAAGCGCCCACCCCGCAAGAGGCCAUCCAGAAACUGCGGGAGACCGAAGAGGUGCUUGUCAAGAAACAGGAGUUUCUGGAGCAGAAGAUCCAGCAGGAACUCCAAACAGCCAAGAAACAUGGGACCAAGAACAAGAGGGCGGCUUUGCAAGCCCUCAAGAGGAAGAAGCGCUUCGAGCAGCAGCUGGCCCAGAUCGACGGCACCCUCUCCACCAUUGAGUUCCAGCGGGAGUCGCUGGAGAAUGCGACCACCAACACCGAAGUGCUCAAGACCAUGUCGGAUGCGGCUCGGGCCAUGAAAGAGGCCCACCAGCACAUGGACAUCGACAAGGUAGACGACCUGAUGUCCGAGAUCACCGAACAGCAAGACAUCGCUCAGCAAAUUUCGGAUGCGAUCUCCAAGCCUGUUGGCUUCGGGGACGACGUCGACGAGGAUGAGCUGCUGGCCGAGCUGGAAGAGAUGGAGCAAGAAAACCUGGACAAGGAGCUCCUGAACGUGGGGGAGCCGACCCCCGUCCUUCCCAGCGUGCCUGCCUCUCACCUUCCCACUGUCCCAGCCUCGAAAGUGCCUGUGGACGACGACGACGAAGACAUGAAGCAGCUGGCAGCCUGGGUGUCGUGAAGCACGAUGGGGAAUUCGCACUCAUCUGUCCCCCGUUUCCUCACCGAGGGGCGGGGACGUGAAGGCCCUUCUCCUUCAGCUCCAGAUUCCGGGAGGGGUAGUGGGCCAGACUCCCCGCCCGAAAUAACCUUAUGUGCCGAAUGUAAAGAGUUUUAUAGACAGAUUCAUAUAUGAACAGAUUCUAUUACGGGGGGGAGGGGGGGAAGCGUGUUGGGGUCUAAAGAGGGGUUCCCCCCCUCCCAAAAAAGGACCAAAUCUUGCGGUGCACCUCCAUUUCCAGCCAAGUUGCAAAAAAAAAAAAAACCCCACUCUCUGCACAGAUGCAACCACAAGAGGGUGGAGGGGCACAAAAUAGGACUUGGAAGAAUUCAAUGGUAUGAACAUUAUGCCCCACACCUGCUGGGUGGGAUGGGGGUGUCAGUGCCGGUGCAAGUUCCUUUUCUCCUGCAGUUAUGCUCCUUUUAGCGGGGGGGGGGGGGGGCUUCUUCUCUCCCCCAAGGCCUGGCCCCUUUGAUUUCCGGGUUGUAUUGAAUGUGUGUGGGUGUUUCUAACCCCCCGAUAGCUAAAGUGUUAAAAAAAAAAAGGCCCGGUGGUACCAGGGAGGUUAAAUAUGGGCCACCAGGGUGGUUUCUUUGGGAUUGGUGGGGGGGUGUCUUUUAAAUGCUGCUCGGAGGGGGGGGAGGUCGAUCUUGGUUGGCUCACUUUCUGUCUGUUCUCUUGGCCUGGUGUCUGUAGCUUGGGGUAAUGUUUACAUGUCCUGUUACACAUGAUUGUGCUAAUCGGCUGAUUUUUAAAGCUUUCUCUCUUUUUUCGUAUCGCCCGGGAGGGGGGGGCAGGAGUCGAGAGGGAGCAAGGGAGGGACCCCUUCAUUUCCCCGAGGUUGCCUUUCGGACUCUCAUGUCUCUCUGUGCCCCGUCAAUAAAGUUGGCUUGAAACGUC